AUGAUUCGUUCCUAUAAUCGAUAUCCCAAUAGGGCAUCGAGUGGCUCCUAUCGCUAUUCCCAAGCACAAAACAAUAUUCGACGAUACCCGAGGGCUCAGUUCUCCAACCGACAAAUGAUGUACCGUCCAAUGAAUUACGCAUCGGCGCCUCCAGUUCAACAGCCUGGCUUCUUCAGCGCAAUUCUUGCUGCAUUAUUCGGUAUCAAUAGUAGUCGGCCAGUUGCGCGACCACCAUAUAAUAAUUAUAAUGCGGGUAGAGGAGUAUCGCCAGGUAAUAUCGGCGGUGGUGGCGCAGGAGGUGGUGGUGGACCUGCAGGAUGUGGUGGGCCUGCAGGGUGUGCUGGAGCUGCAGGGUGUGGUGGAGCUGCAGGGUGUGGUGGAGCUGCAGGGUGUGGUGGAGCUGCAGGGUGUGGUGGAGCUGCAGGAUGCGGUGGGGGUGGUGGAGGAUGUGGCGGGGGUGGUGGAGGAUGCGGUGGCGGCGGUGGAUGUGGCGGCGGCGGAGGGUGCGGUGGUGGCGGCUAA